UGCUCACCAUGGUGCGUGUAAACAACGGAAGCAGGACGAUUGUUGUUGGUUUUUGAGCGAUUUCUGAGCAAGUAACAAGCACCUGUAACCCUGGAGCCAUGUCCAGUUCAGUGCCUGGCACACCCAGAAGGGUCCUCCCUCCCAUUGCCACUGGCUCAGACAGGGCAGCGCUGGAUGAACUGGAAAAGUCCAUCCAGGUGGAGCUGGCCAGACUGCGUGCAUCAUCCAGGGGCCCCAAUGAGCUGUCAUAUACAGUGUUCAAGGAUGCAUUUGAUCAGUUGAUCCAGCAUGCAUCAUCGUACUGUCACCUUCUGACAGCCAUCAAGGCGGAGUACGAGGCUGUGAUUGAGGACCUGCGAGAGGGCCAGAGGGAAGCCUUCUACCUGGAGGGGAGGCUGAAGGCCACUGCUGCAGAACCCACCACAGUCGUCAACUACAGGCGGAGAGCAGAGGAACUGCAACAAAAAAUGUCGGUGAUCCAGAGGGACAAUGCUCGCCUGGCAGCAGAGUUGGACCGUGUAAGGGCAGCAAGAGAAGCCAUGCUGAAGAAAGACGAAGAUGACAAAAGUACCCAGAAGCCCAGACGGACAGACUUCAGGCCCCUGCCCGGCUUAACAUUAGAGGAAAGCACUGAUGUGAAGACCCUGAGCAGGUACCAUACCAAGCUAGAGCAUCAGCUGAAGGAGCUGCACAUCAGCAGGAACACCAAGUAUGCCCCAAAGGUCAGGAAACAGGAGCUCAAGGACACCCUCACCAAGCAGGUCAACAUGAGACAUCAUUUGGCAGACAGGACUGUCAGGCUGAAGAACAGGUGUCAGAAGCUGAAGGUGGCUGUGGAAGUUGCUGGAGUCUACAAAGAGAACCCCCCUGAGAGCCACAGCCUGAGUGACCUGAUCACUAUGGCACUCACCACACAGUCCAUGGGAUUUGCUUUUAGAGGUGUGUCAGGUCAGCGUGACACGCCCUUCUCUUUUGAGGACGAUGACCCCAACAAGGAGAAGGAGGCCGAGAUGCUGCUGGAGUAUAUCGAUAAGUUCCACGAGCUGUUUGAUGAGGAGUGUUAUCAGGAUGCUGCCAUCCAUGCUGCGAACAGUCCCAAGGGCAUUCUCAGAACACCUGAAACUAUGGCCAAGUUUAAAGAUGUGGGGACUGAAGCCUUACUGGCAUACUGUGAGGCUCUGAUGUCCUCCGUGUCGGCCUUGUCUCACCUGCCCAGCCCAGAGGUGUGUCUGGAGUGUGUCAGGUGUGCGCUGUCUCAGCACAGACUGGACCUGGUCACUCACUGGAUAGCACAGAACAGCUUGCUACUGACUGAGGAAAUAGCCAAUGCCCUGUGCGAGUAUGCUGACCAGAACCCCCUGAGCGGCCCGGUGUGCCUGGCCCUUGCACAAGCGGUGUUCACAGCCAUACAGGCACACAGGCAGGCAGCUGUCUGUAUGUGCCGCCAAGGCAAGGUGUACAACAUGGUGGAGUAUGCACACGGCACUGGGACUUUCCAUACAGCUGACUGGGAACACGUGCUGCAGACGUGCCCGUCCCUGGAGCUGGCCCGGUCCCUGACACGGCCGUACAACGACCAGCCGCCAGCCCUGCAGCUGGGACAGGCAGUCAGCACGCUGCUGCAGACAGAGGACUACAUGAUCGGGCUGCAGCUGCUGCAGGAGACACACGACAGGUUCCCAUCAGGGUCCCCCUCGGGCAGUCUGCACCAUGCUGUGUUUGAUGACAGCACCACAACGUACGAGAGCUGGUUGCACAUUGCUGAGACUGCGGAGCAACAUGGCUACGAGGAUGUGGGGCUGGAGUUGCUCACGACUAUCAUUGUCAAAUAUGUGUUAAACAAGGUCUCUGAGGAGACUGCUUCUAUUCAGUACCUGUACGACCAACAGAUAUCCUAGGAAAAUGUCUUGUCAAAAAAAAUUGACAGGACAUAGAUAACAUUUGGCCCUCUACUACUAUUGUCCAAUUUAGGCUGUCCCCACACAAUCAACAAUUAAGGAGCUAUUAUCAUUAUUGAGGCUGCCAUCAGCCUAUCUGGUGAUGAGAUUGCUGUAAUACUUACAUGUACAUCUGUAGGUGUAGCUAUGAUUGUUGCACAUGGUUACAAGGCAGUGUUGGUUGAAAUGUCUUAAAGUUUGUACAUUAAAUGUUCCUGAAAAUUAACAUUAGACUGUUGGUUCAGAUGCCUCUGUUGAUUACAUUGUAAAUGUUCAAGAAAAUUAACAGACACAUUCAUAGGUACUGCAAAGCUUUAUUUUUCUAUAUACCCUUCAACAAAUAAUAAAUCAUCUGUGGUGGCAACUUAGGUGUCCAUGUUUUGAACAUAAUUACAUUAACAAAAUACACUAUGGCACCAUAUCUUUUUUUACAUCAAGGAUAUGUCACUGCCAGAGGCACACAUACAGGAUUUCUAUCCAUUCUGUACUCUAUACCCAUUUAUACCUUUAUCAAGAAUUUCUAUAUACAGUUCUUAUAACCAGUCAAUAAACCAACUUGUUUUUCAAA